ACUUCGGUUGGUAAUUCACGAAAUAUAUACAGAAAAAGCGGAUUACAUAAUUACUCAGUUUAAACAUUUACAAACAAUUUUUGAGGUCGGUUUUAUCUGCAAUUUGUUUUGGUAGGAAUGAACAGUAAAAAAUGACUUUUUUCCAUCUUCAUUUGAUCUUCGGGAGUUUCUUGUUAGUUUAUCGGCAUCAAUGCUUGCUUUGCUUCUCAGUAUCCAUAUUCUCAUAUAUUAUUCCAUGGGCAACCAGAUUCUUUUCUUUCCUAUACUCCUUUCUUUGCCAAGCAUAUAACACCAUAGAACUAUCGUUUGUAGUAUCUCAUUUUCUAGAGGAGUCCUCCAGCGCCGCCCUUCAUGGAAAUGAGGCUAACCCUGCUCUUCAUGGCUGGCAUUAUUGCACUCCACAUAACAGCUGAAAAAUGCCGGCAGCUAGUUGGGGAAGAAGCUUCUUCGAAAAGCAGGACAGAGAGGUUUACAUUCUUGAACUGCUUUGACAUGAGCUAUGGAACCAUAGCAUGUGCGGUUAAGGAAAUUGUCAAGCUUUAUUUCUACUACAUCAGAGCCGCUCAUGUUCAUAAGCAAGUAAGCGAGGCAACUGAGGCUGCUAUGAGGGAGAAACUGUCCGAGGGACAGAGCCUUGAAGAAGCCGUUAAAUGGGCAUAUCAAAAGGGGAAUGAAGCAAAAAGAAGAGCAACUCGACAAGCAAAGCACAUAAUGGGGCCUGUUAUAUCUUCUGCAUGGGACUUCUUUGAAACCAUUUGGGUAGGAGGUACCCUAGCAGAGGGCGCCAUUAGGGGCACUGGAACCUUUUUCGGGUCCUACGCUGGAGGGGUUAUUGGAGAGGGGAGACUUGGGUGGGUGGGUUUUCUUGCUGGGAGCCAAAUGGGGAGUUGGGUUGGAGGAAGGAUAGGGCUGAUGGCAUAUGAUGUUGGGAAAGGCAUACAAUACUUGCUUCACUUUGUUCACAACAAAAGCAACUAUUAUCUGGAUUUGAAGGAUUCCUCUCUUUGAAGGAAUUCCUUGUACAUGGUUGUAAGCUAUUUGUACCAUGAUGUAACUCUUUGAACAUGGAAUCUAUUGAUAUCUAAAACCGUUGGCGUGCCAUGUGAGGUGAAUAGGUACGCGGUACUGAAGCACUCAAAGUUUUCUACCAAACACAUAAGAUACAAACUACAAGUGAACGCGAAAAUCUUCAAUAAAUAAAACCCAACCCAAUCAAAUAGCUGAAUGUUCAGCAACACAACAAAAAUGAACCAGUUAUGACCAAGGCCAAAAGCAACCAGUGAGAAGUUCGAAACACUGUAUAGUGACCACAGUUCAUCUGAUUAACCAAACUACUCAAUCUUGUUCUCGUCAUAACCGUUUUCCUUCAAAGAGUAGAUAGAAAUGAACCAUGCACAAGUAACACAAGAAACAGCUAUCUAGGCAUCCACAAAAUUCUCAGGUCCAGAAGCCAUAAAUUGCAAUAACAAGCAAAAAAACAGAAAAGCUUUUAGGCUCUCCAGACUGUCGAGCAGCAAUGUAAUUCAGAGAAUUCAGUACAAUAAUAGUAGUUAUGAUUUAAAGUUCAAACAUAGUUUAAGAGCCAGGAAAGGAACAUUGAGUAUUAAAACACACCAUGAAUUGGAUUCAGUACAGUGAUACCAUAGUAACCAUACCGCCUUGUUAUUCUUCUGCAACAACGCUAAUCUCACCUUUCUCUAGCAAAUCAUAGAAUGCUCUCGUUUUCCUCUGCUCAUUCCAGUGAUGCAUUUUCCAUAGUCCACCUGCUACCAAGCCAAGUGAGAUGCCAAUAAGUAUCUCCU